GAAGUAGAACAAGAGGCAUUUUAAAGAGCACUGCCAUAAAUACAGCUGUAUCUCUGAACGCUGGCGCAUUUACUGGAGACUCUUCCCAAAGUCUGUUUGAACCAGAACCUGUGAAAUUUCCAAAAGCUUCGUAAUGGAGUUUGUAGCAUCCAAAGGAGAUUAUAUUAGAUACUUAAAAAGGCCUUUAUUGCUAGUUUUAGUGUGUGUAAUAGUUCUUGUGUGCACUGAUCAGGACUACUAUAGUUUACUUGGAGUAUCCAAAGAAGCAAGUAGUAGAGAAAUACGACAAGCAUUCAAAAAGCUGGCAUUAAAGUUGCACCCUGAUAAAAAUCAGAAUGAUCCAAAUGCACAUGAAAAUUUUUUGAAAAUAAAUAGAGCAUAUGAAGUACUUAAAGAUGAAGAUCUACGGAAGAAGUAUGACAAGUAUGGAGAGAAGGGUCUGGAAGAUCAGCAGCAAGGAGGUCGUUACGAGAGCUGGCACUUUUAUCGCUAUGAUUUUGGUAUUUAUGACGAUGAUCCCGAAAUUAUAACGUUGGAUAGAGGAGAAUUUGAUGCUGCUGUUAACUCAGGAGAACUGUGGUUUGUGAAUUUUUAUUCUCCUCGAUGCUCCCACUGCCAUGAUUUAGCACCUACGUGGAGAGAAUUUGCUAAGGAGCUGGAUGGAGUAAUACGCAUUGGAGCUGUGAACUGUGGAGAUAACAGAAUGCUUUGUCGAAUUAAAGGGAUUAACAGUUACCCCAGUCUGUACAUUUUCAAAACUGGAAUGCAACCAGUGAAAUAUUUUGGAGACAGGUCAAAAGAGAGCUUAAAGAAUUUUGCCAUGCAGUAUGUUACAAGCACAAUCACUGAGUUAUGGGCAGGAAAUUUUGUAAAUGCUAUUGAAACUUCAUUUGCUUCUGGUGUUGGUUGGCUGAUCACCUUCUGUGCUGAACGUGGAGAUUGCUUGAGUUACCAAACCCGCCUGAAGCUAGCUGGCAUGUUGGAAGGUCUUGUUAAUGUGGGCUGGAUGGACUGUGGCACCCAGGGUGAGCUUUGUGAUAAUUUAGAUGUCUCAUCUAGUACCACUGCAUACUUUCCACCUGGAGCCACCAUAAAUAACAAAGAGAAAGGAGGUGUUUUGUUUCUUAACUCCUUGGAUGCCAGAGAAAUAUAUCAGGAAGUAAUGCAGCAUCUACCAGAUUUUGAAAUCAUCUCUGCAGCAUCAUUAGAGGAACGUCUGGCUCAUCACCGCUGGCUGCUUUUCUUCCAGUUUGGGGAGAGUGAUAAAUCAAACGUGCAGGAAUUUAAGAAACUUAAAUUUUUACUUAAAGAUGAGCAUAUUCAGGUUGGGAAAUUCGACUGUCUUUCCUCACCAACCAUGUGCAACAAACUGUAUGUUUAUCAGCCUUGUUUAGCAGUUUUCAAAGGAAAAGGAACUGGAGAUUAUGAAAUUCAUCAUGGAAAGAAGAUCCUAUAUGACAUUGUCGCAUUUGCCAAAGAAAGUGUGAACUCGCAUGUGAUCACACUGGGACCUCAGAAUUUUCCUGACAAAGAUAAGGAACCGUGGCUGGUGGAUUUCUUUGCACCGUGGUGUCCUCCUUGUCGAGCCUUGUUACCAGAGCUGAGAAAAGCAUCUAAACAUCUUUAUGGUCAGCUUAAAUUUGGAACACUAGACUGCACUGUCCAUGAAGGCCUUUGCAACAUGCAUAACAUUCGAGCUUACCCAACAACAGUUGUGUUCAACCAGUCUGAUGUUCAUGAGUAUGAAGGACAUCACUCUGCUGAGCAGAUCCUGGAGUUUAUAGAGGAUCUCAGGAAUCCAUCGGUGGUCUCCCUAACACCAGAGACAUUUGCUGAAUUAGUUCAGAGAAGAAAGCGGGAGGAGAUCUGGAUGGUGGACUUCUACGCUCCAUGGUGUGGACCUUGUCAGGCUUUAAUGCCAGAAUGGAAGAAAAUGGCCAGGAUGUUAAAUGGAUUAAUCAGUGUAGGCAGUGUGGAUUGUCAAAAAUAUUAUUCUUUCUGUCACCAAGAAAAUGUUCGGGGCUAUCCUGAGAUCAGACUCUUUCCUCAAAAGUCAAACACGGCUCAUCAGUACUAUAGCUACAAUGGAUGGCACAGAGAUGCCUAUUCACUCCGAGGCUGGGCUUUGGGAUACUUACCCCAGGUGUCUGUAGAUCUCACCCCUCAGAGUUUCACAGAAAAAGUUCUGAAUGGGAAAGAUCAUUGGGUCAUUGAUUUUUAUGCUCCUUGGUGUGGACCUUGCCAAAAUUUUGCACCUGAAUUUGAGAUGCUUGCAAGGGCUGUUAAAGGAAAAGUAAAAGCUGGAAAAGUGGACUGCCAGGCUUAUGGGCAGACCUGUCAGACUGCUGAUAUCAGAGCCUAUCCUACUGUUAAGUUUUACCCCUACCAAGGAGCAAAGAAAAGUGUUCUUGGGGAAUAUAUAGACAGCAGAGAUGCAAAAGGCAUAGCUGACCUUUUGAAUGAAAAAUUAGAAGCAAUGGAAAACAAAGGAAAAAGAAAAAAAUCUAGAAAUAAGGAUGAACUCUAACUGGUACUGGAGGUAGAUACUAUUCAAAAUAUUCUGAAGCUGUGAAGAUAGAAGACACCACAAGGAAAAUAUAAGGAUAGUUACAUUGAUGACAGGACAAGACACAUGAAAACAAGUUUGAGUUCACAGGCAUACCUGACUGUAUGAGUUCUGUUAUACUGGGGAGAUGAAAACAUUUUGGUGUUGGUGGAGGCAAUGUUUCUGCAUGUCCCUCUUCUGAUAUACCAGCUACCUUCUUCCUGGCCAAACACUGGAGUUGACCAGAAAUGUGGACUCUGUCACUUUUGCCUACCCAUUUACUAGUUCCUUAUAUUUUUUUCUGUCUCUUUUCAAAUGCUUUUUGAAUGUGGCACUCAGCCUGUGGCUGAAUAUGCACUCAAACCACUCUGCAAUGCAGAACAUAAUGAGGGAUUGUCUAUUUGAAAGACAAACAGUUGUACCUGAUGAUUAUUCUGCUUUGGGGUUGCAUUAUUGUCUAGUCAGUGGUUAAGAAAUACAAUCAAGAACUGGUAGGAGGAUAUGUUUAAUGAAUUAAAUUGCUCUUGCCCUCGAGUGGAUUGCUCUAUUGUGGCAGUGGUGAUGCUGCCUGGAUGAACAGAACUUCAAAGAGCUUCUCAUUAGUUGCUUGGUUUGGUUUGGGGAUUGUGUUUAUUUUUUUUUAAAGUGAGAAAGAAAAAAUAAAGUAAUUCAAAUGUG